AUGCCCACAAAAAAGAAAAAAACAAGACAGAGCGCAGAGGAGGAAACCAAAGAUGUAGAUGACGAGGACUCAGAGGAUCAGGAACCAAAACCUGAGAAGAAAAGUAAGAAGGUGAGUACGUCACAGGAUGCUGGAAGAUUGAAGAAGAAGAAGUUUAAAAACAGUGAUGAAGAAGGAUAUAAUUCGGACACAUCAGGACCAGAUGUGAGGAGCACCAAGAAAAAGGGGAGAGAUAAAGAAAAGGUCAAGAAAAAGAAGAAGAAAAGAGCCAAAGAGGAGAGCGGGGAUGAGCUGAGCAAUGACUCACAGAAUACUGAUAAUGAGGAUAACAACAAUGACUCCAAGAGUAAAAAGAGAGGAGAAAAUCUUCCAGAUGUGAUUGAGACUACUAAGAAAGGAUCAAAGAAUUCCUCGGCCAAAGAUAAGAUGGGGAAGGAUAAAAAGUCUAAGAAGGACUCUGAGAAAGAGGAAGAACAUGCAGAUGGAGAUGAAGAGGAAGGGAAAAAGAAAAAGAAAGAAAAGAAGAAGAAAGGUUCGGUGAAAGGAGAUAGUGAUGAAGACACCAAGAAGACAAAAGGAAAGAAGAAGAAGGUCGAAAAUUAUGUCGAAAUCUAUGAGAAUGAGCUUCGCAACUACCAGCCGGAAAAAGUGGAGAACUACGAGGAUGAGUAUCACAAAAAGAAAGUGUAUGAGGUGGUGACCAUCACUGGAGAUGAGAGAGGAGCAGGCACGGACGCCAACGUGUUUGUCACUCUGUUCGGAGAAUAUGGCAUCACUCCCAAAGCCCAUCUGGCCAGCAACACAGAAAAGAGGAGUCGCACGGCAUUCGAAAGAGCCAAAACUGAUGUGUUCAGGAUAAGAACUCACAAUGUUGGAUCUUUGAAAAAGAUCCGGAUUGAGCAUGACAACACGGGCCUGAGCGCCAGCUGGUUCCUGGACAGAGUGGUGGUGACGGAUGUGAUCAGGCCUCACCUGAGGUUCUACUUUGCUUGUAACAACUGGUUGAGUAAGGACGAGGGAGACAACCUUUAUAUCAGAGACCUGCUGGGUAGUAUGGACCCAAUGGACAUUCCCAAAUAUAAUAAGUAUGCAGUGAGUGUUUUCACCGCAGAUAUAAAAGGCAGUGGAACAGAUGCAGAUGUCUUCAUCAAUAUCUUCGGCGAGUUUGGAGACACAGGUGAAAGGCGACUUGAUAAUGACAAAAAUAACUUUGAAAAGGGCAGCGAGGACAAGUUCACCAUUGAAGCACCAAACUUGGGCAAAGUGAGGAAGAUCACCAUUGGCCAUAAUAACAGAGGCUCUUCAGCAGGAUGGUUUGCGGAUAAGGUGAUUUUGGAUGACAUGGGAAACAAAGUAGUGUAUGAAUUUCCAAUCAGUCGUUGGUUUGCCAUGGAUGAGGAUGAUGGGAAGAUCCAGAGAGAUAUUUUGGUGGGGGGGACCCAGCCCACAGGUAUUGUGUACAGCGUCCAGAUUGUGACAGGAAACAUUCGAGGUGCUGGGACCAACUCCAAAAUCCACAUUGUGAUGCACGGCUCGAAAGGCCUGAAGAACAGUGGGAAGGUGUUUUUGGAGGGAGGAAAGUUUGAGCGGGACCUGACAGACAUCUUCAGUGUUGAGAUUGCUGCUCUCCUCAGUCCCCUCAGCAGAGUCACCAUCGGACAUGACAAUGACGGAGUCAGUGCCGGCUGGUACUGCGAGAAGGUGGUGGUGUUCUGUCCAUUCACAGGGAUAGAGCAGACCUUCCCAUGCACUAAAUGGCUGGAUGAAAAGGAGGGAGACGGGCUGAUAGAAAGAGAGCUCUAUGAGAUGGUUUCCCUCAGGCAGAAAAGACAGAAGAAGCACCCCUGGUCCUUGUGGAUUUGGACAUCAGACCUUUCAGGUGCAGGAACCGAUGCAGAUAUCUCCUUCCAGGUGUACGGAGAGAAGGGCAAGAGCGAUGAGAUCAGACUGGACAACAAAACUGACAAUUUUGAACAGGGACAGAUUGACAGGUUCAUGGUUGAGCUGCCUGAUUUGGGGAAAUUGACCAAACUCCGUAUCUGGCACGAGAAGAGAAAUCCUUUUGCAGGAUGGCAUCUCAGUAAAGCAACUUUGAUGAAGACGUUAACAAAGGAGAAGUAUAAGUUUCCUUGUGAGCGCUGGCUGGACACAAACGAAGACGAUAACGAGGUUGUGAGGGAGCUCUCCGCCACAGGAGACCACGUCGCUGAGCCGCUGCCAGUGAUCAAAUACAGAGUGACAGUUUGCACAGGGACCGUCGGCGGCAGCGGCACAGAUGCGUCUGUUUAUUUAAACCUGAUUGGAGACCAGGGGGACACCGGAAAUCGGGAGCUGGUCAACUGCAAAAACAACGUCAACAAGUUUGAAAAAGGAAACUUGGAUGAGUUUAUAGUGGAAGCAGUAGCCAUCGGGCAGGUCCGCAGGGUGAGGAUUGGACAUGAUGGAAAAGGUGGAGGCUGUGGCUGGUUCCUGGAUAAAGUGAUUGUAAGAGAGGAGGGACAGGCUGAGGCCAACGCUGUGGAGUUCCCCUGCAACAGGUGGCUGGACCGCAACGAGGAUGACGGACAGAUUGUCAGAGAGUUAGUGCCAUUCUCAGAUGGACAGCGUCUUUACAAUGUUAAUUAUCACAUUGCAGUGAAGACAGGCAACAUCCCUGGGAGCAGCUCAGACUCCAACGUGUUCGUCAAGCUCUAUGGAGAGAAAGGCGACACAAGUACCACGAUGCUGUUGGUCUCUGACAAUAACCUGGGGAACUAUUUUGAGACGGGUCGCAUUGAUGUCUUCACAGUGGAAACCUAUGAUAUUGGACAGAUCAACCGUCUGAUGAUUGGCCACACCAACGAAGGCAUGCGUGCCGGCUGGUUUUUGGACAGCGUUCAGCUUAUGGUUCCAGUCCACGGAAAGCAGUACAUGUUCCCCAGUCACCGAUGGCUGUGCAAGGAUGAGGCCGACGGCAAGACAGAGGUGGAGAUUUACCCGAGCGAGAUCCUGGACAUGGAACAAUUGAUUAACUAUGAGGUAACAGUUGUGACUGGAGAUGUGACAUUUGCUGGCACCAACGCCAGAGUGUUCAUCCAGAUCUACGGGGACAAGGGGAAGACAGAGGUCAUCACGCUUGAAAGCAGAUCCAACAACUAUGAGCGAAACACAACAGAAAUAUUCAAGAUAGAGGCCAAAGAUGUGGGAAAGGUCUUCAAGAUCCGCAUCGGUCACGAUGGCUCAGGGAUCGGAUCUGGCUGGUUCCUGGAAACAGUGGACGUCAAACAUCUAAUCAUGGCCUUGGUGCCCAAGGAGAAGAAAAAGGAGGACAAGAAAAAAAAGAAGAAGAAAAAGAAAGAUGAGGAUGAUGAGGACGAGGAGGGAGGAGAGGAAAUGCGGGAAGUGGUGCUGACCUACCAUUUCCCCUGUUCACGCUGGCUGGCUGGGGGAGAGGAGGAUGGCGAGCUGGUGGUGGAGCUGCUGCCGGAGGACACAGAGGAUUUAGAAGUCAACACCUAUGAAGUGUGCGUCUUCACUGGUGACAUGCUGGGUGCUGGGACCGACGCCAACGUCUUCAUUAAUAUUUAUGGAGAAAACGGAGACACGGGAGAGCGCUAUCUGAGGAACUCUGACAACCUCAACAAAUUUGAGCGGGGGCAGGAAGAUGUUUUCACUGUGACAGCUGUUGAUCUGGGUCCUCUGAAGAAGCUACGGAUCCGCCAUGACAAUUCUGAGUCUUAUUCAUCUUGGUACCUGGAUCGUGUUGAGAUAGUGGACACAAAGGAUGAUACAACUUACUAUUUCCCUUGUACCCGUUGGCUGGCAGUGGACGAGGACGAUGGACAGAUUGCAAGAGAGCUGGUUCCUGUGGAUGAGGCCUUCAUGAAAAAGGACGAGGAUGAGGACACAGGCGGCACUCUGGGGCUCGAGCAGAAAUCUAUGUCUACUACAUAUACUCUCAAAAUAAAAACUGGAGAGAAGAAGUAUGCAGGAACUGAUGCCAACGUAUUUGCCAUCCUGUUUGGUGAAAAUGACGAUACAGGGAUCAUCAACCUAAAGGCUUGUAAGAACUAUAAAAAUAAGUUUGAACAGGGGAUGAUCAAUGAGUUCACUGUGGAGGCCGUGGAUUUGGGUGAACUGGAAAAGCUUCGAAUAGGGCACGACAACUCAGGGGGUUCACCUGGUUGGUUCUUGGACUGGGUGGAGGUUGACGCCGUCUCACAGGGUCAGAGAUUACGCUUCCCAUGUGGCCGCUGGUUGGACAAAGGAGAGGAUGAUGGGGUGAUGGUGAGAGAUCUCUAUCCCGCCGACUUACAGACUGAACUCUACAUGCCAUUUGUGCCUUAUGAGAUAAAGAUAUAUACAAGCGAUGUGUUUGGUGCGGGAACAGACGCUGAUGUCUUCAUAGUCUUGUACGGACGCAAGGGAGUGUGCACACAGCAGAAACACCUGUGUGUCAACAAGAGAGAGAGACGCCUGUACUUUGAGAGAGGAGCCGAGGACAUGUUUAUUGUGGAGCUGGAGGACGUCGGUGACGUUAUAGAGAAAAUCAGAAUAGGACACGACAACAAGGGCACUAACCCAGGAUGGCACCUCGACAGAGUGGAGAUCAGACGACAGCUCAGGAAAGGAAAGGGUUCAGAGACAACCAUUUUCCCAUGUGAGUGCUGGCUGGCCAAGUCUGAAGAUGAUGGGGAGACGGUGAGGGAGCUGGUCCCCUCGGACAUCAUCACAGAGAAACUCCUCAGGGAUGGGAAGCUUAAAAGGACUGAAGUUGAGGUGGAGGAUGCUUUAGAAACUCACACAUACAACGUGUCUGUGCGGACAGGUGAUAUGUACGGAGCAGGAACUGAUGCAAACGUUUUUCUCACCAUCUACGGAGACCUGGGAGACACAGGAGAGCGCAAACUUGCCAAAUCUGAAAACAACAAGAACAAGUUUGAGAGAGGAGAGGUGGACAAGUUCACUAUUGAGGCUGUGGACUUGGGCCAGGUGUUCAAGAUUCGUAUUCGUCAUGACAACUCCAUGAUAGGGCCCGAUUGGUACCUGGACCAGGUGGAGGUGCUGGAUAUUGAAACAGAAGAGGUGUACAUGUUCCUAUGUGAACGCUGGCUGUCGACAAAGAAAGAGGACAAACGCAUAGAGAGAACGUUCUUUGUCAAGGGUUAUGAAGGUGAAAGAAACAUUGAUCCAAAUUCCAAGAAGAUGCUUCAGGCCAAACUGGGGCUGGACAGAAACGCCAACAAGAAGAAAAAGAAAAAAAAGGUUGCAGUGUCAGAAGAAGGUCCAAUCAUCCCCUAUCACUUCACCUUGUCCACUGGGAUGGAGCGUGAUGCCAGCACUACAGCUAGGGUCUAUGUCAUCAUCAUUGGCCCCGGCGAGGUGGAGACAGACAGGCUGUGGCUGGAUCUGCCAGAGGGAAAAAAAUCCUACAUAGCCGGCACCAUGGAGCACUUUGUGUGCUAUGGAACUGACGUAGGAGAGAUCAAGAGGGUGGAACUUGGCCAUAACGGUGUCACACCAGAGAGCUGCUGGUUGGUGGAUGAGCUGUCGGUUGCCGUGCCAACCAAAGGUAUCAAGUACAUCUUUCCAUGUAAGUGCUGGCUGGCUAAAGACAGGGGAGAUGGUCUGACUGCCAGACUGUUCAAUGUGCUGGACUCCAGCACGAUCAACAUUAACCGCAAAGUUAUUUAUUCGGCAACAGUUGUCACAGGUGAUACUCAGUCUGCAGGGACUGAUACUAAUAUUUUCCUGACGGUGUACGGAGCCAAUGGGAGCACAGAGGAAAUGCUGCUGCCCAAGAAUGAAGACAGAUUUGAAAGGGACCAAGAAGACACAUUCAGUCUGGAGAUAGAUGACAUUGCUCCUCUGAAGAAGAUCAGAGUUCGGAUUGAUGGCUCUGGAAGUCGCCCCGACUGGUUUCUUGACAGGAUCCUGAUGCGGAACCUGAACACAGAGGAGACGUAUCUGUUUACCUAUGAGAACUGGCUGUCAAAGACAAAAGGGCCGAAGAGGAUUAAGGUGUGUGAGCUGGCAGCUGUGGUGGAUGAGGAGGAGAUGGUGGAGAAAACAACCUACUUUAUCCAAGUCCAGACCAGUGAUGUCGGAGGUGCUGGCACUGAUGCCAAUGUGUUUGUGAUGUUGUUUGGGGAGUAUGGGGACACCGGGACGCUGCCUCUGAAGGAGAGCACCAACAGGAACAAGUUUGAGCGUAAAAUGAAAGAUGUGUUCCGGUUCUCUGACAUGCUCAGUCUGGGCGAACUGUCAAAGGUCAGAGUGUGGCAUGACAACAAAGGCCCAGCUCCUGGUUGGCACCUGGAGUACAUCGACGUGAAAGAUGAGGCCAUGGACCAGACCUUUCGGUUCCCCUGCGACCGCUGGUUGGCUAAAAAUGAAGAUGACAGGCAGAUAAUGAGGGAGCUGGCCUGUGCCAACAACGACUCUAUAGACCUCAGUGACAAAACCAAAUAUGAAAUUGCCACAACAACUGCUAACACUGACGACGCCUCCACUACGGAAAACGCCUGGAUUGCAUUGGAAGGAAGGAAAGCUCGUUCCAAGGAGUUUGUUCUGGAGAAUAAGAAAAAGAAGUUCUUAUGCGGUGCCACCGACACGUUUGAGUUCUCGUCCAAGCACGUGGGAGAGAUUGCCGGCAUCUGUAUCGGCCACAUAACGAAAGAUGGGAAGAAGGUGAAGAGUGAAGCCUUCUGGCAUGUUAUGGAGGUGGUGGUGACAGAGAUGGAGCUGGGAAACAAGUAUUUCUUCCACUGUGAUGCACAAAUCCCCCUGGCAGCCAAAAAGGACCAAUUCUUGACAUUUGAGUGCUUUAAGUCCAUCGAGAGCUUCGCCAGCAAAGUCCGCAACCUGGUCCCCGUCAAGUAUGAGAUCAUCGUCAUCACCGGGGAUGUGAAAGGAGCUGGCACGGACGCCAACGUUUUCGUCACCAUCUACGGCGUCAACGGUGACUCAGGCAAGCGUCAUUUGCGGCAGAAGUUCCGCAACCUUUUUGAGCGAGGGCGAACGGACCGCUUUGUUCUGGAGAUGCUGGACCUCGGGGAGCUGCUGAGGGUCAAAGUGGAGCACGACAACAGCGGCUCAAGCUGCGGGUGGUAUUUAGAGUGUGUGGAGGUGACGAACACGGCCAACUCAGUGACAACCAUCUUCCAGUGUGCAAAGUGGCUGGACACUUGUAAGGCCGACGGGCAGAUUCAGCGAGUGCUCUACCCCAGAUAUUAGGAGGAGGACCAACAAACAAAGAGGGGAGCAUUUUUUAAGAGACUUUUUUUCAUUUUACGCCACAGUGCUGGUGACAGCCGUGGCCAGACAUCUUUUUUUCAAGCUGUAUAGACGUCUGAUUCUCAUGAAUACAGCAUAUCAGGAACACCUCGAGGGAAUUUCAUUACAUUUGGCUCAAAGGUUAAACUGAUUCUAUGUUAGAGGUCAAAGGUCACUGUGACCUCCAACAGAGACAUGUAUGUAAACUCCAACUUGACUGGUUGGUGAAGACAUGAAACAGUAAGGCAUUCAUUCUUUUUACUGUGUUAGACAAGCUUUUUGAAGAAAAGGACUGAAAUUGAAAAAGAUCUGAAUGUACCAUUUAUCUUGGCUUUUGAAGAAAACACCAAUGUUCUUUUUGAAGUUUGUGCCAACUGUUUGAGUUGCCCCUCUUCUCAUAAUCCAACACAAUAAAUGUCUUCAUUUGUUCA